CCCGCCCCCGCAGCCGGCCCGGGAGCCGCAGCCCAGGCAGCCAGGUGAGGGGGAGGCGGCCCGGGCUCCCCCCGGUAGCGGGGCGGGGGGUGGUGGCGGGGCCUAGCGAGGCCCUGGGGAGGGGCCCGGCUCCGCUCCCCCCGCCCCGCUCCGGGCCCUGCCCAGCUGCCGGGGGCGGCCCCGCCGCGGGGGGAGCGGGCAGGUGGCGGGGGCGCGCCGCGGGGCCGCCCCUCUGAGCCGCGCUGGGUCCCUGCCGGGAGCGGCGCCGGCCCCUGCCCGCCUCUAACGCCGGGGGGGACCCGGCAGCACCCACCGGGACGUGACAGCGGACGGAACGGCGGCCGCAUUCGGCCCACCCAUGUCCCGCUUCGUUGCGGUGCGAGCGGUGGCGGCUGCCCUCGGAGCCGGGGGCUCUCGGAGUGCCCGCUGCCCGGAGCGGGGUCAGCGGCUGCGGCUCUCGGGAUGCGCUCCUCAGGAGCCGCCCGACCCCUGCGGUGGAUGUAAGGGCGGCGCGGCAGCCCGCAGCCUUUCUCCCCGCGCACAUCGCAGCGCACCCCGAGGCGGCGGCGGGCAGCGCUGCUUCGCUGACGGCGGGCCCCGUGCCCCCCUCUCGCUGCCCCUCGGUCGGCAGCCGUGGCUGCAGCAGUGCUCUUUCCCCGUUCGUCGCUCACAUCACGGAGUUUCUCAGGAGCUGUGGGAUUCUCCAUCAUAAAUACCCUAUUCACAACUAAAUCCAAAUCUUCACUGACUGGAUCCCCUAAAGGUCAGCAAUUCGGUUCCAUUGCACUGAGUUUGCCUGCAUUCAAAACUGUUUACCUACAGUAACUUGCUCUGGUUGGAAGUGAACAUGUCUCAAGUUCAAAUUCAGAAUCCUUCUACUGCCCUCGCAGGGAGCCAAAUAUUGAAUAAGAACCCGUCUCUUUCACAGCCACUGAGUAUUCCUUCUACUACCAGUUCUUUGCCAUCUGAAAAUGCAGGUAGACCUAUCCAAAAUUCUGCUUUACCCUCUGCGUCUGUUACAUCUACCAAUGCAGCUGCAGCUCCUUCUAACAUGGCAAACCCCAAAGAGAAAACCCCAAUGUGUCUUGUGAAUGAGUUAGCCCGUUUCAACAAGAUUCAGCCUGAAUAUAAGCUUCUGAGUGAGCAAGGUCCAGCUCAUUCAAAGGUGUUUACAGUGCAGCUGACUCUUGGGGACCAGCACUGGGAAGCUGAAGGAACUAGUAUUAAAAAAGCGCAACAUGCAGCAGCUGCCAAAGCCUUGGAAGGGACAAAGUUCCCUAAGCCUACAGCUCGUCCAUCUCGUAGUGAAGGCAAGAAUCCAGACAGUGUAACCCCCACAGUGGAGUUGAAUGCACUUUGCAUGAAGCUGGGAAAGAAACCUAUGUAUAAACCUAUUGAUCCUUAUACAGGGAUGAGAUCUACUUACAACUAUACAAUGAGAGGUGGUACUUAUCCUCCACGGUACUUUUACCCAUUUCCUGUUGGGCCUUUACUUUAUCAAGUUGAACUUUCAAUUGGGGGGCAACAGUUUCAUGGGAAAGGAAGAACAAGACAAGCUGCUAAGCACGAUGCAGCUGCUAAAGCACUGAAAGUUCUGCAGAAUGAGCCCUUGCCUGAGAAACCAGAGGUUAACGGAAAAGAACCAGAUGAUGAAAAUCUCAAUAAAUCUGAAAUAAGCCAAGUUUUUGAGAUUGCACUUAAAAGGAACUUGCCUGUGAAUUUUGAGUUUUUCCCUCUGAAACAGGUGACCAAGGAAAGUGGUCCUCCCCAUAUGAAGAGCUUUGUAACCAAGGUGUCAGUUGGAGAAUUCAUGGGUGAAGGUGAAGGAAAGAGCAAGAAGAUCUCAAAGAAAAAUGCUGCAAUAGCAGUCUUAGAAGAACUGAAAAAAUUGCCACCCCUUCCUACGGUUGAGAAAAUGAAGCCACGAAUCAAAAAGAAAACGAAAUCAAUAGUGAAGCUGCAGACAAGUCCAGAAUAUGGUCAAGGCAUGAAUCCCAUUAGCAGACUUGCCCAGAUACAGCAGGCCAAGAAGGAGAAGGAACCAGAGUAUAUGCUCAUCACAGAACGUGGUCUUCCAAGACGCAGGGAGUUUGUUAUGCAGGUGAAAGUUGGUGUACACACAGCUGAAGGAAUGGGCACAAACAAAAAGGUUGCUAAACGCAAUGCAGCUGAAAACAUGUUGGAAAUUUUAGGUUUCAAAAUCCCUCAACCUCAGCCUCCAAAACCAGCAUUAAAGACAGAAGAGAAGACACCAGUGAAGAAACCAGGUGAUGGAAGAAAAGUAACUUUCUUUGAGCCGGGCUCUGAAGAGACUUCAACUAGUAAUAAAGAAGAUGAGUUUAGGAUGCCUUAUCUCAGUCAUCAGCAGCUUCCUGCUGGAAUUCUUCCCAUGGUCCCUGAGGUUGCACAAGCUGUAGGAGCCAGUCAAGGACACCACACCAAAGAAUUCAAUAGGGCAGCCCCAAAUCCUGCCAAGGCUACUGUAACAGCAAUGAUUGCUAGAGAGCUAUUGUAUGGUGGUACUUCUCCUACUGCUGAAACCAUAUUAAAAAAUAACAACUCAUCAGGCCAUGUGCCCCACGGACCACUUACCAGGCCCUCUGAACAGCUGGACUAUCUUUCCAAUGUUCAAGGAAUCCAGGUUGAAUAUAAAGACUUUCCAAAAAAUAACAAGAAUGAGUUUGUGUCUCUUAUAAACUGUUCCUCUCAGCCACCACUGAUCAGCCAUGGAAUUGGAAAGGAUGUAGAAUCUUGUCACGAUAUGGCUGCAUUGAACAUUUUGAAGUUGCUGUCUGAGCUGGACCAACAAACCACAGAGAUGCCAAGAACAGGAAAUGGACCAAUGUCUGUAGGAGUUAAAAUACCAAGGGCUGUUACCUUCCUGAGAAGGACGAGAGGAUGUGUGAAACAAGAAAUGGAAAGUGAUCCUCUUCUCAAACCGGCUAACUCAAACACUUUGGGACAAACACUGGACAGCACUGCCUAAAAAGGCUUUUGACUGGACCCAAACAUGAAAGCACCAGAGAAAAUCAAAUGCUUCCUAUUAAUGUAACCUGUUUUAGAGUGCUACAGUCUUUACAACCUACUGUAGUGUCUAAAUCAUAACUGUUGCUUUUUCUUCAAACAGUGAUAAAUUUUUAGUUUCAUUAUGUUGUUUUGAUUGAAAUGACACUAUAAAUUUUUUCAUUUAAAAGUUUCUUAAUUGUAUCUAGAACAAUAGCACAGUUUAGAAACUUUGUCUUCUGAGACUGACAUGUUAUCUGUGAACUAACUUGGGAAGAUCAUAUCCAUGUAUGUGGUUAUUUUGUUUUUAUUGACAUAGCGAGUUUCUCUGCAAACAAAUUGUGUGCCCACCAUUUUUAAGAAGUCCAGUAUUUUCGCAAACCUGGUGUAAUUAUCCAACGGUUGAAUGAAUUAUAACACUUCAGGAAUUUUAAACUUUGAUCAUAUUUGGUUAAUUUCUAGUUUUGUUGAGUAGGGGUAUGGGAACUUGAAUGCAACGUGACUUUAAGUGAUCUCUGAUCUGUGUUUUAAGGAUUGUGUGUAUAGAUGGCACACAGCUCACUACAUUACAGGAUAUGAUCUCAAUGUAUAAAACCGCAGAUUGAUUUUCCUUGAGUGCUUUAUACUGUUUAAUUACAUCUCCAUGUAGGGCUGAAAAAAAUUACCUAUGUUUAUAUAUAAACUGUGUUGCUUUUGAUGUUGUGUUAUUGCGCACUGAACUGUGUGCAAUAAAGUAUUUGCAUAUGGUCCAGGUAAAGCACGAUAGCCUUGCAAGUUAAGUACUGCUUCAGUUCAUUGUUUACGCUGGAAUUUUUUCUCCCCAUGGAAUGUAAGUAAAACGUAGUGUUUGUCACCAAUAAAUGGUAAUACUAAAUUUUUUUGGGUUAAUUUAUUCUUGUAUGCCACUACAGGGGCUGCUUUUUUAUAGGAUUUGUAAUGCUUGUGAUAUAGUACGGGCGGUAUUGUAAAGCUAUGGCGUAACUGUACAAUGAUUAUCAACAGCAUAUAAAUAAUUACUAUUUAGUGAUGUGGAGAAUGUGAAACAUUGGCAAGGUCAAGGAAAUUCAAAAGUAAUGUAGGUACAUUUUGUAAUUUGUGCCACAGUGUAUUAGUGCAGCUGUAUUCAUGGGAGCUUAAACUAACCUUGUGAUUAUGAUAGGAAACCUGGCGUAACAGGUUGGAAUGAUUUUAAAGUUUAAGUCUCUACUUUCAGGUUUCCUUGUUUGCUUGUAAUUUGAGUCAUAACCUUGCCUUGCACCUACUAAUUCUGGGGAAGUAGUACUUUAAGAAAUGAAACGAAACUUUCCCACUAGCAACAAAAAUUGGCACUGUGGACUGACCCAUAGCAGUGUGUCAUUUGGAUGUGAACUAUGUUCAUGUGUAUUUAACUGGUAAUCUGUAGCAACACUUCCUAUAUGCAGUGUGUGUAGUAACUCGUCAUAGAAAGCAGUUACUGCACAUGUUGUGACUCAGAGCUAAAUGUCUCAGCCUUUUUUAUUUGCAUUAUCGAAAGCAAUUGGGCUACAUUAACUGCAUACCAAAUUUUAUGGAAUCAAGUUGGUUUUGAUCAUUAUAAGUGCAAAAAAAACAUUGUAAAGGUUUUUUUUUUUUCUACAUUUGUAGAACUAAAUGAUGUACAUUUAAAAAUUAAAAGAAACUUGCUAGGCUGAGGCUUUGUAUUGCAAAUUCUUACAACUUAGAAGCUGUUUACCAAACAGUACUGGGAAACAAGUAGCACAUUGAUAGCAGUGUAAAUGGUCUCCCUGCAUCUAUUUGCUGCAACUUAGUUUUCUCUUUGAAUGGAACUUCUGGCUUUUUAGUAAGUCAUUUGUUGAUAAUGCUGUUUCAUGUGAAUUUUAAGGUACUUUGCCACAGAUAUCUCUAUUUCAAUGCUGAUAAAGGCAUCAAUCAUCUUAGAGGUGCUAUGUAAGAGAAGGUUCUUUUUGUGAAAGACCUUAUAAUAAUAGCCACAUGAUGGAAGGCUUCAUGGCCAUGUGUGGAUUCUAGGUAACACAACUGAGUUCUAGAUAAGCAUGGGGUUUUUUUCUAGAGCACUACAGUCACUUUUUUUUUUCUGUUGACUCCUCUGUGCUCGAUGCAGCAAGUGCUGAUAAGAAUGAUUGCUUACUGUAUGUAAUUGAAAGGCUUCAUGUUACACUUUAGUUCAACUGAUGCUAUAGAAUGUUCCACAAAGAAGAGAAAUAUAAAAAAUAAGAACAAAAACUGAGGUAAACGAGAAAUACCCUCCCUGCAGUAAUCUAGCAGGCCAGUGUUGGUAUGAAAUAUACAUUUCUGAGUACUAGCAAAGUGCUGUCUGCAAAGACACAUCUUUUUGGAUUCUUUCUCUAAAAUAAUAAUCUUUGAAAUAAUAAAUCUUUCUGCUUUCACUUUCCGGUGUUUAUAAAAUCUUUUGACUGCAACAGAACGAGCUGGAGCUUCAGAAUGUGAUCAUCAGUCUACAUUAGCUUGGGCUCACUGCCACACUUGCAGUCUUACCUUUCAUUAAUGAUCCCAUUAUAAAACAAACAAAAAUGUAAAAGGCCUGUUCUAAAAUAACAUUGUCAUAUUCAGAUCUUAAUUGCCUAAUAUUGUUUUCCCUCCAUCAGAUUUCCUCCCUGUUAUCUUAUUUGAAUCUGCUUAAAUUACCACCAACUUUUUCAUAAAUGACUGCAUUUUUCCCCAUGUUUCUCCCAAAAUAUUUGGCAGUAUGACACUACUGUUCUUGCUGUCCUAUAAUUUGCUGUAUACUUAGUAAACUGUGAAAUUCUAUACUCGUUUAAUUGUACAGAGAACUUCCCUUUAAAAUUAUCACUUCUAAAAGGGAAUAAGGAAAACAAAGUAUGUAGUUGUAGUAUGACACAUCAGUCUUGUAACUAUUAUGCUAACAAUUGAUAUAGUGACCUUGUUUCAUCUCAGAAUUUAUUACAUUAUUAUUCCAACCUCUUAAAUCAUAGAGCUGGUGUUCUGCAAGUAGAGCUGCUUUUAAGCCACUGCUUUGAGGUGGAAGAAGGAGGUUUGAUCCUGAUUCCCAAGAGACAGGUCAUCAGAUGAUAGGAGUAUGAUGUGGCAGAAAAAGCCACUGAAUUUCAGUCCAUUUCAGUCUUUUUGGACCUUUUUAAUGCCCAUCCAUCCUACUCCCAAAAGGAAAUACAGAGCACACAAGCUCCAAAGUAGCAGCUUGGGAUUUUCAAAAAGAUUCUGGAAGUAUUUUUAUGUUAAUUUUCCAGUUGUUCAGGUUAUAAAUAAUACCAGCAGAGACCAGAGAGAAUAGGCAGUACAUUUUCCUUCACCAAAGAAAAUGUUCUAUCUACCUGUACUCCUUUGCUUGGAUGGACUCUAGUCAUCAAGUUGUUAUUUUCUGAUAUUGGAAGGAAAGCAUUUAUUACUGCUUUCUAAAAUGUCAAAGCCUUAAGCCAGUUCUAAUGUCCGGCAGCUUUACACUGCUUUCCUUAAAGUGCUUCUGUGCUUUUGUAAAGUGCUGAACUUAUUAGUGGUUCUUGUCAAGAGUGAUCCAUGCCACUAUUUCUUGGAGAAAUGCAGUCAAAUGUCCCAUUUCAAUGCCCUGUAUAAGAACCUGAGAAUUGACUUUGUAGAUGUGUUUAAUGUGCUGUAUAAAACUUAACAAAGUGAAGCCUUUUCCAGUGCUGUGUUACUGAGCUUAAUGACUGCUGUCUAAGUUUCCUAUCUUAAUAACAACUUGGACUCUAAACAUGGUGUAUAAGGUGGGUAGUUGGGUAGUCAAAGUUCAUUCAGGGAGUAUUAUUUGCUUUCUUCAAUGGGUCAGUUUGUUAUUCUUGAGCUGAAAAAGUGCAACAUGUAAAGGGGAAUAAUGAAAUUCAUUUCAGGGGAUUUUUUUAAAGCAAAAUGUUUUAUCUCUUGUUAGGAAAUCCUCACUUCCCAAAGGAAGAGACAUAAUUUUUCAUAAUUUCCAUCCUGAAACUAAUGGUGAUGGAUCUUAAAAAAAAGAAUCUGUGCAAAAUUUAUUUUGGAGAAUGCUGACCUGUAGGUAGCCACAAUGUGCCUACAGAAUGAGCAGCAGUGUGGAUUCACUGUGAUACGUGUUUGUUCCAUGAUAUUAAAAUACAUUCCCAUACUUCGAAUUGUGUUUAGAAUGGGAUUUUGUUUUGCACUUCGUUCUAGUUGCAGUGACAGUGCUAUUACUGAAGCUCUUACACUGGUUCACCUUGUCUCAAAUGGACUUCUAUUGGAAGGCUGGUAUUUGCUUAGGAUAAAUCCUGCCUGAAAUGACUCAGCCAGGGAAUCUGCUGCUAAUACGGCAGUUAUUUGCCUAGAGAAUUGAGAAUGUUCAUUUUAGUAAUGUACAUUGGAAUUAAAUUUAGAUGUACUUGGGAUUCUAUUGCAAUUACUGUAUUAUUUAAGGAUCAAACCAAAAUUCUGUUCUAACUUGUUGGUCUAAGUUUAAAGUAGGAUUUUUGUUCUGAUGUAAUAAUGUAUAAAGACAAAUGGUGGAGGCUGCAGAAGUACCUAACUUCAGGAAGGGAUAGGAGGUUUGCAUACCAUUUGACACAAUCUUGUUUUGUGAAGCAACCACAUAAUUGUUUGGUGCUUUUAUUUUGUAUCUGCAGAUAAAAAUGAACAGAACAAGUGUGUAUCAGUGUAAAAGCUUCCUUGAGGGCUUCUAACGUAUGUUUCAAAGUUCAGGUUAAGAAAUACUGGUCCAGAGGUAGUUACUAAUCUGAGAGUACUCAGCUUCAUCUGUGUGGCUGCAACAUGCUGUAUUGCUUUCCAUUACCUGCUGCUUAGAUAUAUACACUUAUUUAAUACUCAAGAACUUCUGAACAAGUACCUGAGCAUCCUGUGAAAGGAAGUUGGGGAACAUAAGUUGUUAAAGCAAAAUUUCUAGGAUGUUCAUUUAAUCUCUCUGGAUUAGAACUGAAUAAGAGUACACAGAUGGUAAAUAUUGCUUAUCCAAGAGUUUAUUUUAUUCUCAGACAAAAUAAAUUAUUUUUUUGUACUGCUAGCAGCAUCCUAAUGAAACAAAUUGUAUUCAACUAGAAAUGAAAAUAGUAUUUCUUCUCCUAUUUCCGAUUUCGCAGUAUUUUAGCAACCUGCUAAGAGAGAGUGUUUCAGAUUUUGAAUGUCUUAAUUUAGUUAUGCCAAAAAUAUCCAUGUCAGAAUAUGCUUUUAAUACUGUCAUCCUAAACUACCAUUCUUUCGUUACCUUUUUUACUGUUAUUUUUAUUUUUUAGAGAAGGUAUGCUCCUGAAGGAGGCAAACCUGGCUCUGUGCUAAAGGGACAAAACCUCUGCCAUUUUUCAUGGCUAAGUCUAAAUGCAAAAGCCAUUUGGGUACAACUGAGCAUCUCUACAGACACAAUCUCCUACUCCCCAUUUUAACAUGGGUACAAUCUUUUAAGUUGCUGUACUGGAAAUUUUAAAAUUGUUACAAAGUACAUCACAGUAAAGAUAUGUCUUGUGGUCUGACUGCUAAGUAUUUCUUUCAUUGUAGUUUUUACACAGCAGAUUGGUUUUUAUGGAGAGAAGACUAUUUAGCUCUUGCCGAGAAAAAACAAUUGUGAAAUGAAAGUAUAUCACUGGAAAAGUAAAUUCAUCAGUAGUUUGUAAAAGAGAUUCAGUAUAACUUUCCUAUAAACUGCCACUGUAUUUGCAUAGAAUGUUUGUUUAGUCCCUUUUAAAGUUUGCUAAAUAGAUACUGAAGUGCUUAUGUGUUAAAAUAUUGAGCCACUGAGUUACUUAAAUUACUAAAGGGGAUAGAAACUUGAAGAAAAUGUGCUACAUCAAAUUCACAAAAGCUAAAUACGUUUAAAUAAUUGUCUCUUCUAAGCAUUCUUAGCAAUGGCUGUGUUGUGCUUUCUCUCGUACUGUGUGAGUUGAAAAGUAUUGUAAUGUAUUUCUGCACAGUCUUUCAACACUGCAGUUGAAAAGUUUGUCCCAUGUGAAUGGACCAACAACACUCAGUUACUUUUGCAUGAUAAAAAUGUUCACACCCUUCUCUGAAGUUACUUUCAAGUUGAUACCAUAUUGGUCCAUUGCUCCAUCUUGUUAUGACAGAGCAGUGUCUUUUAUCAAUGCCUAUGUAAAAUUAAUUUGCUAAUAAUAAAAGAGAGUAAUCUGUAAGCCAUCAAAGCUACAUUUUUCCUCAAAAAAUAUUUUCUUUAGAAUUUAGCCAGAAAUUUUGCAAAAUGUUACUGGUAUCAGGCAUCCAUAGAAAUUAUGUCCUCGGUGUACAGCCGUUAACAAGGCAGUUGCUCAUCUAACAAGCUGUUUACACUUUCUAAAUGAUUUGUCUGAGCUUGGAAAAACUAAACUGUUUUGAUCAAUUUUAGGGCUGAACCUGAAAUAGAUGCAUUAAAUCAGCAUUAAGCCCAGUCCUGCAUGGCUGCGAUGAUUAUAACCUAAAAAAAACCUGCAGCAUGCCUGUGAAGGCUUGUGGUCAUGAGAAAAUCAACACUGGCAUUUCUCUGUAUGAGCGUUUUGUUUUGUGUCUCUGGUGAUCGAUAGCUGCUGACCUCUAAAUCUCACCAAUGGGUUUGAGGUUCCUGCUUCAGCUACAAUGUGGCUGUGAUCCAUUUAUGUCAUUUUUGGAGGAAAACCCACGACAGUCUGUAUUAAGGAAAAGAAAACCACAAGAACUUUAUUUUAAUAUGCAAAAAGGUCUCUUGCUAAAAUUCAGCUGGGUCACAUUCACAGUUCUUUUUGAGUUGCAUACAUGACAUGGGUUUGCAGUGUAACAAGAUUAGUUUUCCCUGUAAUCUUCUUAAAAUGUCCUUCUCUGGACUGCCUUUUCAUCUCUUGAUGUUCUGGAACUUGGAUUAAUGGGAUUGAAAUUUUUUCCACGAGUCCCAUUUGAUAAGCUGCUUUCUGGAAUCAGUUGCUUACAAACACAUUUCAUUUGGAAGUAAUAUUUUAAUGGUAGUUGUUUGGUGUAACAAUAUAUAAUUCAUACUACAGCCACAGUAUGGAUGUCAGUAGAUAAUAAUAGACAAAAUGAAUAAAGCAAGACAGGCUGAUUUGUUUCUGAGUGUUUAAAACAUCUUUUGGCUUCUCGAGGCACAUAGGAAGAGCCUUAAGCCACCCUUUCUACUUCCCCCCCAAGAUGUUUACCUUGCAAUCAGUUUGAUCUGGUUCCCAUGCCCUAGAAUGCCUUUUCAAUUAGAAGUCUGAUACCAAAGUAACAGCUAGUUUGCUUAAACAAAGAUGUAAGAAGUUGCACGGCAAUACCACUUCAUACAGUGGAGAGUGAUUGAGCAGAUCUGCCUUGCCAUAACCAAUGUGUAUUUUACAAACAGAAAAAUCCCAGGCAUGGAGUAAUUCCAUGAUCUUAAGAUAAGUCUCACCUGGAGAUGGUUAUUGCAGAAUUGGGUUGCUCAGCUGCCACAUUUAGCUCAGGAAACUACCCUUCAGGUCUAAAACAAGCAUACGUGGCUUUGUACCUUCCCCUGCCUUAACCCUCUGCCUCAAGCUCCGGCUCCAUUUCUUUCAUCCUCUGUCACUCAUUCUAUCAACAGAAGUCCCCACCUUCCACAGGAGGAGGUCAUGUCUGAUGGACCUGGUUGCAGCCCUGCAGUACAGUGACCAUAGAUGAGGAGCAAACCGCCGUGCCGGGCUGACCUUUCUGACCACGAAUAGGUGUAUUCCCACAGCACAAGAGUGUAGGUCGUGGAGAAAUACCUUCUGUGUAAAUUCAAGGCUGCCACAGGGCACAUCCUCACCAAGAUACCGGUGACUGGGCUCACACCUCAUUGCCAAGGUGGAUUUAUAGCUGCAAGAUCACCACAUGCAGCAGUGGUUGGAUUAGAGAGCACGGUUAUUUGCAACACAUCCUUUGCUCUGUUACUUAGUGGUAAAAUGUUUAAUGUGAAGUAAUUUGCCUAUCGAAGGCCACCUAAGCACAAAACGAGUGCUGCUGUGAUCUGUCGUUUGCUUUGGGCAAGUUACUGAACAUCCCUGAACCUUACUUUUUUUCUUUCUAAGAAGAAAUGAACGAGAAUAAUUUAUAAGAUGUAUCGAUGCCAGAAGCACGGGGUGCACGCAGCACCCGCCCAACUGACAUUUCUGAGCCUUUCCUGCGUUUUAAAAUAUUAAAGGUAUGGAAGCAAAGCAGACUUCUCGCUGUGAGGGUGAGCGGGCACAGCAGCGAUCCCCUGCCGGAGGCGCCCGGCCUCGCGGGGCGCAGGAGCUCCACGGGGCGGCGGGGCCCCUCGCGCUGCCUCAGCUGCACCGCGAAAUGGCGGCCGGGGCCCGCCCCGAGCGCCUCACACCACCCCUCCCCCGGCAUCCAGGGCACCCGGGCGGGGAAUAAGCGACCGUUUCCCCACUCCUCCUGCGCAGCACAGCUCGCCACCCGGCUGAGGCGGCAGCACCGCGGAGCUGCACACGAAAACUCAGAAGCUGAGAGCACCACCCGACAUGGCGGCGCCUCCCGCCCUCCGCGCGGGCGGAGCGGGGCGGGGCGGGCCCAGGCGGCGCAUAAAGCGCGGUGCGCGCGGCCCGGCGGCCUCUUGCUGCGUCGCUGGGAGGCCUCUGAAGCGCAUUGGAGCUGCGUGAUGGACGGCUGCAGCUGCCCGGCUGGCUCUGCCAUGCCAGAGCCUCUGAUGGGCCUCUAUGAAGGCAGAGGGGCAUUGGGCCUGCUGGAGACGUGAUGGGGUGGCUGUAGCCAGCAGUGGAUCAGUUGUGUGAUGAAGGCAGUUGUCCUGGCUUGCACCACCAUGCACGAACCUUUAACAGGCCUCUGUGAAAGCAGAGGGAUGUUGGACCUGCUGGAGACCUGAUGGGAUCGCUUUAGCCAGCAGUGGAUCAGUUGUGUGAUGACUGCAGAUGCCCUUGGCUUUCUCUCCUGUGCUUUUCCACUUUUGAUAGAGGAACAAAGGUUGUGUGUGAUCUCUUAGAAGGCCUCAGGAUUUGCUGUUAUUUCAAAGUACUAGGGGAAAGCUGUCUUCUGCUCAGGAUGUUUCGCUCCACGCUGCUGUUUGUGAUCACUUGUCCACACUACAGCAUCCAUAUCACUGAAACAACUGUUGAGUCUUUUCUCUUGGUGUCUUGCCAACUCACAGAUGGAAGGUGUUGGGUUUUUUCCUUCGUAUGAUGCAUUUAAUCAUAAUGGAUUCUGGAAUUGGCUGCAUGUUGUACGUAAUUGGAUGAUUUUUGUCUGCAAGGGCUGUAUUUACCACCUGAUAACUAAUGUUACUUGACAUUAAAGAAGCCUUAAAAAGCUGUUGUCAUAUAUGAUGGUCUUGUGUACAAUGAGAGUUUCUUUUAAUAAAAUCUGAGUACUGUAUGAACUCAA